GAUCUGUUCUGUUUGCUUCAUUUCUGGAAAGUGUUGACGGCGAGGAAUGAACAACGCGUGUUUUCUCAUUUUGUCUGAUGCUGAGAUUGUGAUUUUAUUAGUUUCGAUUAUGUAAUUAACGCUCGCCUGCGGAAGGUGGCCGAUGAUAGAUGUUUUCGCUGAAGAAAAUACUGUUUUCUUUGAUUCUGUAUCUCUCUAUGUAAAUAUCGUUUGAAAUCUUCGUUUUUUAAAAAAUUUCUACUUGUUUACGGGCGGUGAAACAGUGUAGCCGAGGAUCAUAUGGGGAAUGACUUUUGGAUCACUUGUCAAUAGGAUUCGUGGAUUGUUUCUGUACGAAUUGGAUCGAAGGCUGUUGCAGUGAUUAUAGAUGACGAAUCCGGACAUGGAUGAGAACACAUAUUUUUCUGCAACGUUGGACUCUCCUGAAGCACUAGGCGUGGAGCAGCAGACUCACAAGGGAUCGCCAAGUGCAGGUGGCAAUAAGCAAUCUCAUGAAUACGAUCAAGGUAAUGAGAGGGAGUCAUCCAAAAGCAGGGAUAAAGAAUUGGAAAGAAGUCGUGAUAAAGACAGGGAUAGGGACAGGGACAGGGACAGGGACAGGGACAGGGACAGGGAUCGGGACAAGGACAGAAAUAGGGAUCGGGACAGGGAUAGAGACAGGGGCAGGGACAGGGAUAAUGAUAGGGAAAAGGAUAGAGACAAGGACCGUGGCCGUCACCAUAGAGGCCGUUACAGGGAUAGGAGCGAGAGAAGAGAUAGGGAUAGGACCCAUGAUCGAGAUGAUGAUGAUGAUGGCUCAUACAGAAGUAGGGACCCAGAUAGACGUAGAGAGUAUGACAGAGACCAGGAGGAAAGGCACAAACAAAGGUCUAGAUCACGAUCAAGGCGUAGGUCUAGGUCAAGGUCAAAGCAUAGAUCUAGAUCGCCCUCCAGGCAUAGGUCUGAGCACAGAUCAAGGUCAAGGUCUCGUUCGCGUUCCAAAAGCAAAAGGAUGAGUGGUUUCGACAUGGCACCUCCUACGGCUAUGAUUCCCAAUGUGGCUGCUGUUACAGGUCAGAUGCCUGGGAUCACUACCCCUACCGUUCCUGGAAUGUUUCCCAAUAUGAUGCCUUUGGCAUCUGGACAGUUUGGAGCACUCCCUGUGAUGCCCGUGCAGGCCAUGACUCAGCAGGCUACCAGACAUGCUCGACGAGUUUAUGUCGGUGGACUUUCUCCCACAGCUAAUGAACAGUCUGUGGCUACCUUUUUCAGUCACGUUAUGGCAACAAUUGGAGGAAACACUGCCGGUCCAGGAGAUGCAGUUGUUAAUGUUUAUAUUAAUCACGAGAAGAAGUUUGCUUUCGUGGAGAUGAGAUCUGUUGAAGAGGCAAGUAAUGCAAUGGCGUUGGAUGGCAUCAUAUUUGAGGGUGCACCGGUUAAAGUGAGAAGACCCAGCGAUUAUAACCCGUCACUGGCUGCUACUCUCGGCCCAAGCCAACCCAAUCCCAAUUUAAACCUUGCAGCUGUUGGAUUGACCCCAGGGUCUGCGGGUGGACUUGAGGGUCCUGACCGAAUAUUCGUUGGUGGUUUGCCGUAUUACUUCACAGAGGCACAGGUCAGGGAGCUGCUGGAGUCCUUUGGAGCACUUAGGGGCUUUGAUCUCGUCAAGGAUAGAGAAACGGGGAACUCCAAAGGCUACGCAUUUUGUGUUUACCAAGAUCUUUCAGUUACAGAUAUUGCUUGCGCAGCUCUAAAUGGGAUAAAAAUGGGCGAUAAAACACUUACUGUGAGACGAGCAAACCAAGGCACAUCUCAGCCUAAACCAGAACAAGAAAGCGUGCUGUUGCACGCCCAACAACAAAUUGCAUUACAGAAACUAAUGCUGCAACCUAGUCUAGUUGUUACAAAGGUUGUUUGCCUAUCACAAGUGGUUACUGCCGAUGAGCUGAAGGAUGACGAAGAGUACCAAGACAUAGUUGAAGACAUGAGAAGUGAAGGCGGGAAGUUUGGUACAUUAGUGAAUGUGAUUAUCCCUCGGCCACUUCCCAGCGAUGAAUUGCGCCCCGGUGUAGGAAAGGUUUUCUUGGAGUAUGCUGACGUUGAAAGCGCCACAAAAGCUCGGCAAGGAUUGAAUGGGAGGAAAUUUGGAGGAAAUCAAGUGGUGGCGGUGUUUUAUCCCGAAAACAAGUUCGCGCAGGGCGAAUAUGACGGGUAGAUUUCUUUCAUGCCUAGAGAAUAAAUAUAGUUCGAUGAUUCUGUGCAUUUUGUGUCAAUUGGUUCAUCCAAAUUUGCAGUAUUUUGAUCUUGUUUUGGCUAGGUUUUUGUUUUAAGCCUCAUUUUCUGACUAUGAAACCAGGUUUUAAUAGCUAAGACAAUUUCUGUUGA